UCAAUACUCCUCUUCUUUCCUCUUCGAAAUGUCUAACUUCUAUGAUAGCCUUCUAGAUGAGUUCCAGUCAUGGUGGUGGGCUAGUUUUGCGGUGGUUCUGGCCUUGUAUUAUGCAUGGCUGAUGACCAAGAAAUCAACAAUAAGAAAGCUGCCGUUGCCACCAGGUCCGCCAGGACUGCCUCUGUUAGGAAACCUUCCCUUUCUUCAACCUGAUUUAAAUCACUACCUUACCAAAUUGUCCAACACUUAUGGUCCUAUCAUGAAGCUCCAACUGGGUAGAAAGAUUUGUAUUGUUAUAAGCUCCGCUUCGCUAGCCAAAAUAAUCCUAAAAGACAACGAUGCAAUCUUUGCUAACCAUGACGUUUUAGCAACUUCGAAGACCCUAUUUUAUGGUGGGAUUGACAUUAUUUUCAGCCCUAAUGGCCCGCAAUGGAGGAAGAUGCGAAAGAUUUUUGUUCAUCAACUGAUGAGCAACGCGAGUCUUGAUGCCUGCUAUGCACUUCGCCGGCAGGGAGUACGAGAAAUGGUGAAGGAUGUGCAUGGCAAGGCCGGUUCCCCCAUUGAUAUCAGCGAGCAAAUGUUUAUUAUGGUGCUGAACGUAACGAUGAGCAUGGUAUGGGGUGCUCCGUUGCAUGGGGAGGAAAGGAACAGCAUAGGGCCAGAGUUUAGACGGUUAGUAAGGGAGGUUGUUGAAUUGAGUUCAACAACCAAUAUCUCUGAUCUUUUCCCAGUCUUGGCUCCAUUUGAUCUUCAAGGAAUCGAGUCAAAAACGAAGAAGAUUCUUCUUUGGUUCGAUCAGAUGUUUGAAUCAGUCAUAGCAGGCCGAAUGAAGGAUAACGGUAAGGGUAAAAACAAGGAUUUGUUGCAGUUCUUGCUAGAACUGAAGCAUCAAGGAGACGAUGGAAGUACCCCAUGUUUAUCGAUGGAUGAAAUUAAAGCAUUGUUUAUGGAUAUUUUACUUGCUGCUACAGAUACUUCAUCAACCACGGUGGAGUGGACAAUGACAGAAAUGCUACGGCAUCCAGCAAAAAUGAGAAGAGCAAGGGAAGAAAUUGAGGAAGUGGUUGGAAACCAGAACAUUGUGGAGGAAUCCCAUUUGCCCAAACUGCUAUAUUUGGAUGCAAUCAUAAAAGAGACACUGCGACUACAUCCAACAGUUCCCUUCCUAGUGCCUCGCAACCCCAGCAAGGACUGUUGCGUACUCGGAUACACAAUCCCUCAAGGCUCCAAAAUCUUUAUUAAUAUAUGGAAAAUUCAGAGGGACCCCGAGGUUUGGGAAAACCCUUUGGAAUUUGAACCGGAGAGGUUUUUGAAAGAGCCAGGAAAAGGUGAUUACCAUGGAAACUUUUUUCAUUUUCUUCCUUUUGGGUCUGGGAGGAGAAUCUGUGCGGGACUUCCUCUAGCUGAGAGAAUGAUGAAGUAUGUGUUGGCUACGCUGCUACAUUCUUUUGAAUGGGAAAUACCGACUGAGGUGGAGCUUGAUGUAUCUGAGAAAUUUGGAAUUGUUAUGAAGAAAAUGAACCCUCUUGUUGCUAUACCUAGUCCAAGAUUACCUAUAUUGGGGCAGUACUACUGAGGUUGGAUCCUUGAUGGCAUUUACCUGCUAUCGCAAAAGUCAUUGCAAAAGAAGAGAAAUCGGUUAAAGUAAUAUUAUAUUAUCAUAUAUGUUUGUAUGAGUGUGCGUAUACUUAUGAGUAUGUGUGAUUAUGGACACGAUUAUAUACCUUAAUU